CGGAUCUUCAUGUGACAGUGGGUUGGCCACGGCAACACCCCGCCCACUCCUAGUGUCCAGCCACUGAGGAGGUUGCUGAAGUUAGCAACAGAAAGCACGAUUGGACAGAAGAAGUGGAAGAAGAAGUAAAUAACCUUCUGUAGAGUGAUAAUACAUUAGAGUGAAUCUCAACUCACUUCUUCAUUUGCUCUGUGGUUGGCAUUGGCACCAUUUCCUGGCCGUCGGGUGUAUAAACAGGAAGUGGUUAGUGGUGGUGGGUCCUGCUAAUCACUGAAAGGACAGUUCCUGGCAGCACUGCAAUAGCACCUCACCUGUGUGUGUGUGUGUGUGUGUGUGUGUGUGUGUGUGUGUGUGUGUGUGUGUGUGUGUGUGUGUGUGUGUGUGUGUGUGUGUGUGUGUGUGUGUGUGUGUGUGUGUGUGUGUGUGUGUGUGUGUGUGUGUGUGUGUGUGUGUGUGUGUGUGUGUGUGUGUGUGUGUGUGAGGCUUGCUGUUGGAGGGGGAGUGUCUGCACGUGUAGCGAUGCGUGUAGAGACGAAGAAGCCCCUUCCCUGCAACCUGACUCAGACUCUGGCUGUGACCUUCAACGUGACCCCAGCCCCACCAUGCUGAACAAUGCCUCCCUUGUCUACAUCGCCCUGGAGCUGGUCAUAGCCUUUCUGGCCGUGACCGGUAACAUGCUGGUCUGCUGGGCCGUGUGCCUCAACAGCACCUUGCAGAGCAUCACCAACUACUUUGUGGUGUCCCUGGCAGUGGCAGAUAUCGCUGUGGGCUUGCUGGCCAUCCCCUUCGCCAUCACCAUCAGCACGGGCUUCUGUGCCAACUUCCACGGCUGCCUGUUCAUCGCCUGCUUCGUACUGGUGCUCACCCAGAGCUCCAUCUUCAGCCUGCUGGCCAUCGCUGUGGACCGCUACAUCGCCAUCAAGAGCCCCCUCAGGUAUAACAGUCUUGUGACGUCCGGGAGGGCGAAGGGCAUCAUCGCAGUGUGCUGGGUUCUCUCCGUGGGCAUCGGCCUCACGCCCAUGCUGGGCUGGAACAGGGGUGUCAACGGCACCAACAGCAGCUCGUGCCCCGAAGGCAUGACAGAGUGCCUGUUCGAGGGUGUGGUCACCCUGGAAUACAUGGUCUACUUCAACUUCUUCGGUUGUGUGCUGGUGCCCCUGCUGGCCAUGCUGGUCAUCUACGCCCGCAUCUUCAUGGCGGCUCGGCGCCAGCUGAGACUGAUGGACCUGAAGCUGGCUCACAUGCACGCCCCUGGGGCAUGCUCAUCGUCCACAUCGCCCCGCUCCACCCUGCAGAAGGAGGUCCACGCAGCCAAGUCUCUGGCCAUCAUCGUGGGGCUAUUCACCCUCUGCUGGUUGCCCCUUCACAUCAUCAACUGCUUCAACCUGUUCUGCCAGGACUGUGGGCGCCCGCACGUCUGGGUGAUGAACAUCGCCAUCAUCCUGUCCCACGCCAACUCCGUGGUCAAUCCCUUCAUCUAUGCAUAUCGCAUCCGGGAGUUCCGCCACACCUUCCGGAGGAUCCUGCGCAAGCACAUCCUGGGGCACUGGGAGGGGCAUGGAGCUGGAGGAGGGGGUGGCAGAAGGCUGGGUAGCAGCAGCAGUAUCACGCGUGCCUCUACUCGCAUCAGCAUGGUGGACAGCUUGUGUGGCACCAUGGGGAACAGUUAUUCCCUGGAGCCCAGCCCCAAACCCAGCCCCACUCGGACCCCCAUAGAGACCCAUAGAGCUGGGAAAGAAGCUUACUCUGACUCCUGCCAAUGGUCACCACCACAGUCAGACCCUGCACCAAUCAGCUCCAUUGAAAACGGACACAACAAAGGCGAUGCCCCGGUGUCUCCCAGGCAGCAGCAAUGCAUCAUGGGAUGUGCGGACCAAAGUGGGGUUGAGACUACAACCGUGUUGAUGGAGGUGAGGGACAGUGGGAACAUAUCCUCUGUCCCCCUCUGUCCCCCUCUGUCCCCUCUGUCCCCCACACUAACCAGCCUAAACACUCAGUAGAACUCACUGAGGUCUCAUGACAUAGUUAUCUCCAUGUCAGGCCUCUGUCCCCUCUGUCCUCCUCUGUCCCCCUCUGUCCCCCCUCUGUCCUCCUCUGUCCCCCUCUGUCCUCCUCUGUCCCCCUCUGUCCUCCUCUGUCCCCUCUGUCCCCCUCUGUCCCCCUCUGUCCCCCUCUGUCCUCCUCUGUCCUCCUCUGUCCCCCUCUGUCCUCCUCUGUCCCCUCUGUCCCCCUCUGUCCUCCUCUGUCCCCCACACUAACCAGCCUAACCACUCAGUAGAACUCACUGAGGUCUCAUGACAUAGUUAUCUCCAUGUCAGGCCUCUGUCCCCCUCUGUCCCCCUCUGUCCCCCUCUGUCCCCCUCUGUCCCCCUCUGUCCCCCUCUGUCCCCCUCUGUCCUCCUCUGUCCCCCUCCUCUGUCCUCCUCUGUCCUCCUCUGUCCCC